AAUAACAAAGUAGUGAAAUAGUCAACACAACCGUGCUUGUUUCUCUCUAUGUAAGUUUCUGAUAAGAACAAAAGAAAAAGCAAAAACAUGUGCAAUUCAAAUGGUGAUUGCAGACCCUUGGGAUUCCUUUUGGGUCUUCCCUUCGCGUUUCUCUGCCUCCUCAUCUCAAUCGUUGGCAUCGUUGUUUGGAUUGUCGGGUUAUUGUUGACAUGCAUAUGCCCUUGCUGCUUGUGCCUGACUGUGAUAGUGGAGCUUGCACUGGAAUUGAUCAAGGCUCCACUGCAUGUCAUGGAGUGGUUCACCGCUCAGAUCCCCUGCUAAGUUAGUUGCUUUUACUGUAUAUCUUUCUUCUAGGAAAAAAAUAAAGUUUGAAAUUUUUUGUUGUUGGUGUUGAUUGAUGAUAGGCCCUUUGUCUUGUUGCAAAUAUUUGUGGUUUCUGAAGGGGGGGUUUUCAGAGUGGUUGUUGAUAUGUUUGGUCUUUGAGGUUUACUGGAGAAUUCACAAAAGAAAGUUGAAUAAGAUUCAGCUGCAAAAACAGAAAAUUAAGCAAUUUAAAAUUUGUUUCUUGUGCA